CGCGUGCCCACGUUUUCUACGCAGUAGUAUUAAGUUGACACACACGCAUAUCUAUCUAUCUAUCUAUCUAUCUAUAUAUACAUAAGGUGGGCGGUGGGAGCAUUCAUCUGAUUCGGAAUUCGGGCAAAGUAAGUAAUAAAAAUUAAGAUGGAGAAUGGUAGGCCGGGGGAGAGAGGUGAUCAUCAUCAUCAGCAGCAGCGGAUGGAGGAAGAAGAAGAAGAAGAAGAAGAAGAAGAAAAGGUGGACAAGUUCUUUGCCCUCAUCAGAAGCUAUAAGGAGGCCCGAGACCGCCGCAGGGAGGAAGUGCAGCAGCAAGAAGAGUUGGAGGAGAUGAUGAAGAAUGAGAAGAAGAAGAAGACAAGGAAGAGAAAAGCAGAUCUGCAUCCUCUUCCUCCUCCUCCUCGCAUACAACAGUCCAACAUUAAUUCCUACUCCGCUUGGGUUCCCAGGUUUGAAUGGGAAGAUUUCAGUCAAGCGGCGCCGCAGCAGCAGCUGCAGCUCCAUUUCACCACAAGGUCUCCUGCUGAUCCUGCUCCUGCUGCUGCUCCUGUUCCUGCUUAUCGUCAGAAUCAGAAUCAGAGGAUCAUGGACGGUCCCCUCAUUAAUUUCGGAUCAUCAAGCCACCGCUCCAAUUCCAAAGAUGCUGAUGAGCGGGAGGACAAUCAAAGCGGCUUGGACCUUAAUCUCACCUUGUAGUUACCUACCUCCUCACUACCUAGUUGUUGUUUCUAUAGAUUUGAAUCACAAAAAACAGAGAAGCAAUUACAUCGUGUUUUAUUUAUUUAUAUAUAUAUAUAUAUAUAUGAAUUUGUUAUUCAAAUUUAA